UCCUGCUUCAAUUAUAGCACAAUGCACCGUUUCGCGCCGCAUCACAGCGUACCUAAAUUGCAUAACCCCACGAAAAUCCCCUCUGCUUGGGGAAUACUUAGUACAGCGAGACUAUAACGAAUUCUGAUACUCAUCUCAUAUAAAAAGCUGGGCCCUAUAACACAUCGUAUCACUUCAUCCAGAGUAUCGCAAUAUUAACAAGUGAAAAAUGAAAUUCCCAAUUUUGUUAGCGGUUUUCUUCGCUAUUUUGGCCCUAGUUAAAGGCGUUCCAGUGCCUGGUGGUGGUGGCGGUGGCGGCGGCGGAGGUGGUGGUCGUGGCUGCAAUUGUGAGCGAGGAGGUGGAGGUGGUGGAGGCGGCGGUGGCGGUGGUGGUUGGGGCAAUGGUCCUGGCGGUCCAGGUGGCGCGGGCGGACCCGACUGUGUAAGGCCCUCUUGGAUGCCUCCAUGCCCUCCGUAAAUUAGUUUUCGCUUUAACAUGCCAAAGGCUUAGUAUUUUUUACCUCCGAAUUAGACUAAAUUAUAUGCAAUGCGAUUAUAAGAUCCUUACAUACUUGAACGAGUAUGUAUGUACUGCUAUAUGUGAACCAAAAGCUUUAAAAUAAUUUAAAUAUUUAAUAGGAAAAAUAAAAUAUGAAAAUUUACAUUGAA